GGCGCCUUCGGUGGCGCCAUCGGCAGCGCCCACUGCGGCGCCGUCUGUGGCUGCGUCGGUCAUGAUGGGCGACGACGCGCGCUCCCACUGGGCGCGCUUGCUCUGGCGGCGCUUGGCGCCCGAGGCAGCCGCGAGGCUGGCGUGGCACCUGAGGUGCGCGGGAGCCGAGCUGAGCGAGUGCGCGGUGUGCCGGGGACGUCGCGUCACCCUGGAGCAGCUCGAGGAGCACCUGGUCUCGCUCGGUCACUUGGCCAACCUCGCCAUGUCGGUCAGUCAUGCGGCCGCUGAGGAAGGCGUUUCUUGGUAUGACCGCGCUGGUGGAGAGCAUGGAGACCGUGUGCAGCACUUCGUUGGCUUGCAGGGUAGAGCAUGGUUCAACCAUAUCACUGGCGAGAGCGACUCUACCCUGAAUGAUGGCGUGGUCGCGCGGCCCGAGUGGACGUGCUACGACUAUGCACAAGCGCACCAGCCGAUGUACUGGUACCACGAGCCGACUCGGAGAUACUUCGAGGUGCACGAGGACCCGAGCGCGCCGGCAGCGGAGAGGCGCUCCUCUGGCCGAGAUCGCGGCGUGUGGCACCACGUCGACUAGCGCCGGUGAGCGGGCCAGGUCCGUGGCGGCGGCCUGACGCCGAGGGGCCGAGAGGGGCGGCCGCCCGAGCCGGGCGACGAAAGCUAAACAUGUCCAGUUCUCCCUGGCCCAGCUCUUCCUGGAGGG